CCUACCCAAACCACCGGCGCGCACGCCAAGCGGUGAAGCAGCAUCGGCCAUGGAGGAGACCAAGCCAGCGCCAGAGGCCAUGCUCCGCUGCGCCAGGGCCGCGCUCCUCCUCGCCUCCCUCCGCCGGCCACGCGCGCCGACGCCGACACAGGAUCGCCGCCGGACCUCCUACUCUCCCUCCUCGGCCGCCGCAGCGGAGCUCGCGCGGCUCCGGUCCGAGGGGCUCCUCCGCAGCGCCGAGAUCGCAGCGGCGCGGCGCGAGGCCGCUGCCCACGCGCGGGUCGCCGGCUCCGAGCUGCUCCUCGUCCUCGCCGUGGCGCCCGCCGUCCUCCUGCUCCUCCUCCUCGGGCUUCUCUAAGCCAGCGGCGGCGUGGGUAGCGCGGGGGCUGGAGUCUGGGGCCGCCUCUCCUCUCCGUGAGUUCAGUUUUGGAGUGCACUAGGUGUUCGAUGAAAUGCAUGUUUGAGUGUGGCGGCGAGUAUAUAAGCAUCAGAUUUGUCCCCCUUUUGUUUUGGCUGCAUUGCCCUGUGGACAAAUGUGGUCUGGGUUUCUGUGCGGUUUGGGCAUUCGACGAAAAGCCUGUUCGUGUUUGGUGAUUUCAUUUCAAUUUGAUUCCGGUGCUUGUUGC